AUGGUGUGGCUAACAUCCUUCCGUCUCUGGCAGCUUGUUAGCAGCGACGAGGGCGCGGUGCACCAGACGAAGUCGCGUGAGGAUCAGCCCAUCGAUGACGUGCAGCUCAGGAUUGAAUCGCUCAGCGGGACGAAGGGGGGACUACAAUUCUACUGUCCGAUCGGCAACCACGUGCCGACGGCACUUAUGCCGAUCCGGUUCGCCAAAUACGACUCGGGCGUCGACUUCAUCCUGGCGUUCGAGGAGUUGGAAAGAGACAUCGAGCAGGCUACUGCUCGCCGUGCCGAGGUGAUUGCUAAUAGGAAGGCUGCAGCCAAGAAACAGUGCGAGCACGCCGAGGAGAUGAGAAAGGCUUUCAAGGCUAACCAGGCCGAGAAGACCAGGAAGAUGCAAGAAGUGCAGGACGAAAAGUUCGAGGCUGUCAGCCAGAACAAGGAGAGACUGCAGGAGAAACAGGAGGAACGACUGCGCGAUGCUGAGGUUAAGCGUGUGGUAGUUGGCCUUAAGGGAACCACUAUGCGUCAGAAGGUGGCAGAGACCCCUGUUGUUGAGCACAUCGAAGUGCAGGAGCUGUAACUCCACUAACUGCUUCCAUCUCCGACCGCUGCGUCACCGCUGAGAUAUCAACCAACCCAGCCCGACGUUUGGUUAGCGAUUUAGUUACUUUUACUUGAUACCGAUCUGAGAUGUGGGUGUACGCGUUUCAUAGACAAAUUUCAAAUACUCGGCCGUAAAAUUUAUUCAAAUAUCAAUUUAAAAAGUUUCAAGCAUUACUUUCAAAAUUCGGACUCUUAAAUCGGACUUAAUUUCAAACCCCUGGCUAACGCGUUCCACAAACAGACGGCAUCUCU